GGCAAUUAUUUAGUGUUGCGCGUGAUCGCGUGCCGAACGCACGUGCCCCGUACUAAUUGUAAAAUAGUUCGUCUUAAAAUAUCGUUAUGGAUAUAGAAUUCGAAAUUUAAAUUGUGAUUUUUUUUUUUUUUGUGAAUGUGUCUGUGAUAGCGGGAUUAACUGCGUUUACUUUAUUCUACUAUGGAGUUAUGAUAAAUAACUAAUAAAAAAUCUCAUAUCGAUACGAACAGAUGUGAUAAUUCAGUCAGUUUUCCCGCCAUCACAAUAAAAAAUAUUGUGACAGUCAAAAGCGCGCGGAGCGGCCUUUCAAAAAUCGAACACAAUAAAUGACAUAUAGAGCGAAGUGUUGUGCUUGCUAUCUGUGAAUUCGAAACUCGAAUGUGACAUUUGGUGACGGUGUGUGUGACGUGACGGCGAAGUUGUUGCGGCGGCGGUUACUGCGGGCGGCGGUGACCGGUGCUCGCCAAUGCGGCGGCGGCGCGCGCGCUAUGUCGCCGCCGCGGGCGCUGCUGGCGGCUCUGCUGCUGUGCCAACUGCUCUCGUACGGUGGCCACCAAGGGCUCACCAAGAUAUUCUACACGUUACCUGACACGGGACAGCCUCCAAUUCUCAUCUCCCUGACAGACAACGCGAAAUUGGACUUAAGAACGGCAGAUGAACUGCUAUUCGUCAAUGAAUCUGAACAGCACAAUGAUACCCAGAGCUUCACAAUUGUGGACAACUCGUCCGCAGACAGCGAGAAAGUACCUGAAGUUGCAGAAAAAGAAUCCACUGAACCCAGAUUGAUCGUCAAAGCGAAGUCAAUGCACGAAACCAGACAAGUCGAAGAAGCAUUUCAAACCGUAACUCCUGUGCCAGACGCCGAAAGCACAGUCGAAUCUCAACCAGAAACUGAAUCAGAUGAAGACAUUCCAAUAAAGCCAGAAACACCACAAGAAGACAUACCAUCGUUCUCAGAGUGGGCACAAAAGCAAUUAGCGGAAGCGGAGAAAAAAGAUACAGUGUUGAACCACUCGAGUCAACCUAGUCAUAGCAAUACGAAUUUUAGCAGUAAGAGCACCAAGCUACGGUCGAAGAACUACGCGUCGCCGGCGUGCGGGGCCAAAGUGAUCGCCGUGAACCCAGAAGCCGGUUCGGCGAGUUCUAUAUUGUCUCCCAACAGAGACGAGUACAUGCUCAAUACAUGUAACAGUCGCAUCUGGUUCGUGGUCGAGCUGUGCGAGGCUGUUCAAGCUCAAAAGAUAGAAAUAGCAAAUUUCGAAUUGUUCUCUUCAACUCCCAAAGACAUCGCUGUGUAUUUCAGCGAUCGUUUCCCCACGCGGGAAUGGGCAAGCGUCGGUCAGUUCACCGCUCAAGACAUGAGAGACAUACAGAGUUUUGAUUUAUUUCCACAUCUGUUCGGAAAAUUUAUAAAAGUUGAGAUGCUUUCGCACCAUGGGUCAGAACACUACUGCCCCAUUUCGCUGUUCAAGGUUUAUGGAACGUCUGAAUUCGAAGUACUUGAAAAGGAAAGCUCUCAACAUUCACCUCAUAUUGAGGAAGAUGAAGACGAUGAAAUAAUAGACGUUCCUGAUAUUCCGGCAGCUGAAACAGAGCCGACGAAGAACCUCUUCGGCUCCGCCAGAGAUGCGGUCAUGUCUAUUGUUAAGAAAGCUGCUCAAGCGUUUAAAACGGAAGUUCCUAAAAAUGUGUCCAGUGAACAAAACGAUACAUUAUCAGACAAAGUGUACAAACGGUGUUGCUCUCCCAGCCAUAUUAUAGUGUGUGAUAAUUGUAGUGAAACUCUUUACAGUGAAGUGUAUGAACUUCUUAGUUGUAGCUCGGACAAAUUAACAAAUUUAGUGCGGCAAGUGUUCCUAAGAGACACGUUGAAGUGUACGGGGAUAUGUCAGCGUUUCGGUUUAGAUUUUAAAAGUACAAAGACAAUAGAGUUCAGUGAUGAACGUGUCGCGUAUAUGAACGCUAUGUUUCCGCCAAAAUACUUGGCUGCCUUGUGUAAUAUCCUUGCGAUUAAGGAAAAGAAGGUCGUUUUAAAUACUAGCUUUGAGACUGAAUUAAAUGUUACCACAAAUGUUACGAUUGACGACUCACCGCAGAAGAUAAACAGUGAAACAAAUAGUGAACAUGACAUUAAUUCUAUUCCAAUUAAAAGUAACGAUAUUGAUAAUGAUAAAGACAAUGAAACUGUUCUGUCAGAGGAGAAACUUGUUGUACCUGAAGAGAAGAAUGAGAGUACCCCCGUAGAUGUAUUAAAAGAGGAUAACAUAGAGAAUAUUAAAGAUGAAACACCGGCGUUUAUUGAUGACGGCCUCGUACCUGAGUGGCAUGAAGAAAUAUCAUCAGAAAGUAAAAAUGUUGAAAUUCCUGAGGCAGAUAAUAAGGAAAAUAAUCAGAAGCCUGAUAAAAAUGGUAAACAAGAAAUAUCGGUGGAGAAAACCAAAGAAACAUUCAACAAUGGAGGCGAAGAAAUGAAUGAUGCAACAAUUAUUACCGAUAAUGAUAAUUUUAUGUCGGAUUUCGAUCAAAUGGCAGUGGACCCGGCGCCCCCUGGCACACAAAACCCCAUAAACCAGAAUCCAGCUCAAACUACGAUACAAAAGGAAUCUGUAUUCCUUCGGUUAUCAAAUAGAGUAAAGACACUCGAGCGCAACAUGUCUCUCUCGGGACAGUAUCUGGAAGAGCUGAGUCGACGAUACAAGAAACAAGUUGAAGAAAUGCAGAAGUCUUUCGAAAAGACCAUAGUUCAGAUGACAGAAGAACGGAAGAAGAGCAACGAGAGGGAGCAAAAAUAUCUAGAACAAAUGAACAACGUACAAGAACAACUGGCAAAGAUGACAAAGACAAUGGAACUUUUGAUGGAGGAAAGGGACAGCUGGUUCGGAAACGUGACCUUCUUCAAGUUCAUCGUAUUCCAAGCUAUUAUCAUUACAGCAGUUAUCUAUUAUUUAUCAAAGAGGCGAAAAGCAGAGCCUAUAAUAGUGCAUAUACCUAAAAAGCUCAAGAAAAGACAAGAGAAGCUAAGGCGUAAGUCCGUUGAGGGCGUAAGUGGCCACGCCACUCCAGCGGUCAAGAAACGAAGGCCCAGCGAAGAAGCGUUUCAAAUAGCGCGACAAUCCACUGACGAAGUAGUCAGAGAGCAAGACAGCGGUGAAUGGCAAAUUGCCCGGAAGAACAGAAAACGAAAACCAUCCAUAAUACACAAGAGUAUGGAACCAGAUUCCAGCGUCAUCGAUCAGGACGUAGUGAGGAAACUGGAUGACAAUCCCAUACCGCUGGACGAGGGCGAAUAUUUCGCACCCGUGUCAGAGCCCGUAGAGUUUAUCGAUGUAAAUGAUAAGAAAGAGUUACCAAAAACGAACGGGUCUUUCUUCAAUAACUUGAAGAACAAGACCCUCAAAACUAGACGGCUCUCCUCUCCGGCCUUUUUGAGAACUCUGAACAGACAGAGCUUAAGAAGUACGCCGAGUCCCAUAGAACCUAUUUUCAACGGCAAAGUGGGCAAAAAGGCCGCCUCAGAAUCUCCCACGGGCAGCCUUUGGUCCGACUCCACGGAAAUAUCUCAGAACGGACAGCUCAGUGAAAAUGGUAAUAAGAAAAAGAAAAGCAUAAAAAAUAUCCUAAAGAAAGUGUUUUAAGACUUAAUAUAUGUAAUGUAAUUGUUUCUAUUGCUUUUAAGCAUUCGGCUAUUGUAAUUUAUUUCAUCAUGAAUGUAUUUUAAAUUAUUGUAUAGUAUUUGUAUGAUUGUUAGACCUCUAUAGGUGCCAAUUGUGAUAAAUUAGGGAGCCUAAUGAUAUGUUAGCUGUUAUGAUUUGUUUUGUAAUGCCGUUGGUUGACAAUAAGGUAAAUUGUGGAUGGACGCUAGUCGGGCGAGUCGCGAUACAAAGAAAUGGCAUUAAAUGCGUUUAUUUUAA